GAUCGUCAAUUUAUGACGGCAGACUUUGAGUAGUUAAAAAGAGUGUGUUUUAAAACUAAUUUGAAGUGUAAGAAAUGUGACAAUGACGUCACUGGGGAUCCCCACGGAGGCUCCAGUCCAUACCAUAUUGUUUACGUCAGCAUACACGCAGAAAAAUCCCAUCAAGGCUGUAACGAAGAAGAAAACUACUCGCAGUUGGAUCGAGAGCACGUUUCAGAAACGAGAGUGUAAAUACUUCGUGCCCAGCGCUAAGGACGAGCAUGUGUGUUGGUGCGGGCUUAGCAAGACAGCGCACGGCUCGAACACCCAGACUGCUAAUCCUGGGGAGGCGUGGGUACCGGCUCGACAUACACAGUCGGCUCCAACUGAUGCCUAUGGAACUGUAGAGUUUCAAGGAGGACCACAUCCAACCAAAGCACAGUAUGUCCGAUUGUCCCACGACACACGACCAGAGUUAAUAGUGCAACUGCUAACAAGAGAAUGGGCCCUCGACCGACCGAAAUUGCUCAUCACCAUCCAGGGUGGCAAAGCGAACUUCGAUCUUCAACCAAAGCUUAAGAAAGUGCUUAGAAAAGGACUGCUCAAGGCUGCGAAAACCACUGGUGCCUGGAUAUUCACUGGAGGCACCAACACAGGUGUGACCAGACAAGUAGGAGACGCGCUACAGCUUGAGCGGUCGCAGCGAGCUGGUAGAGUGGUCAGCAUAGGUAUCGCACCCUGGGGUAUUGUGGAGGGAGCCAAUGAACUCAUCGGUAGGGGCAGAGAUGUACCGUACCACGCAAUAGCUUCACCAAGAUCAAAACUAGCAGUUUUAAACAACAGACACGCCUACUUUCUUCUGGUAGACAAUGGAUCCGUCGGCCGGUAUGGAGCUGAGAUCGUUCUCAGACGAAAGCUUGAGAAGUACAUUGCGGCGCAGAAACUACAUCCAUACACACACUCCUCGACUCCGGUGGUGUGCCUGGUGAUAGAGGGCGGCACUAACACGGUGCGUGCAGUGUUGGAAUACGUCACUGACACACCUCCGGUGCCCGUCGUUGUAUGUGACGGUAGCGGUCGAGCUGCGGAUCUCAUUGCUUUUGUUCACAAAUAUGCGUCAGAGACGGGCGAGCAGACGGUUCUGGAGUCAAUGCGGGACUACCUGAUCAGCACCAUUCAGAAGACCUUCGAAGUGGGUAUGCAGCAAGCAGAAUUGCUGUACGGGGAACUGCUGCAGUGUACACGGAAAAAGAAUCUGAUCACGGUGUUCCGAAUCCAAGAGCGGGCUGAAGGUGGUGAAGUACAGGAGCUUGACCAGGUUAUCCUGACGGCAUUGUUUAGGGCCCAGCACCUGUCUCCUAGCGAACAGCUAUCCUUGGCACUAACAUGGAACCGAGUGGAUAUCGCCAGGUCCGAAAUCUUCGUGUAUGGACAAGAAUGGCCUCCAGGUGCUCUCGACGAGGCUAUGAUGCAGGCGUUAGAACAUGAUCGUAUAGACUUCGUCAAGCUGCUACUUGAAAAUGGUGUUUCAAUGCGCAAAUUCUUAACCAUACCUCGGCUAGAAGAACUUUAUAACACAAAGAGUGGACCCAGUAAUACGCUGAGGUAUAUUCUUAGAGAUGUCAGGCCACACUUACCGAGGGGCUACGUUUAUACCCUUCAUGAUAUUGGACUUGUUAUCAACAAGCUUAUGGGUGGUGCCUAUAGAUGUUACUACACAAGACGUAAGUUCCGUCCGAUCUACGCGAAGGUGAUGAACAAGAGUGUGAACGUUCACCGGAACAGUGCCUCGUUCACCAGACACAACGCUGGUGGACUCUCCCUCAUCACCGGCUUCAUGCCCGUCACCACUGAGAUGGCGCUAUUCGACUAUCCUUUUAAUGAAUUACUUAUGUGGGCGGUUUUAACAAAACGACAUCAGAUGGCUUUGCUGAUGUGGACGCAUGGUGAGGAAGCCUUGGCCAAGUCUCUGGUGGCCUGCAAACUAUACAAGGCCAUGGCACAUGAAGCGGCUGAGGACGACAUGGAGACUGAAGUGUAUGAGGAACUCAGGCAUUAUGGGAAAGAGUUUGAAAAUAAAGCGUUGGAGCUUCUAGACUACUGCUAUCGUCAGGACGAUGAUCAAGCACAACAGCUGUUAACAUGCGAGCUCCAGAACUGGUCUGGACAAACCUGCCUAAGUCUGGCCGUCGCAGCCAAUCACCGCGCGUUACUUGCUCACCCUUGCUCACAAAUCAUACUGGCUGACCUAUGGAUGGGGGGUCUCAGAACAAGAAAGAACACAAACUUAAAGGUAAUUCUGAGCCUGCUGUGUCCGCUGUACAUUCUCCAACUGGAGUUCAAGUCGAAGGAAGAACUGCAGCUGAUGCCGCAGACCGAGGAGGAACAUCUCGAGAACGAGAGCAUCGAGGAUGAUAGAAGUACUAAGGACCCAAAUGACGCUGAGGCGUUGAUUGGCUCAGGGGCCGAAUGCGAAACUCGUGUCGAUCAGAACGGAAAAGUUGGUAAAAUAGGGUGGGAACCCUCGUACAGAGAGCUGCCCGAGCCCCACGCGCCUGAAGACAAAAUGAUGAGGCCGCUGAGACUCAAGAAGAAGAUAUACGAGUUCUUUACGGCACCUAUCACCAAAUUCUGGGCCGAUUCGAUAGCCUACAUAUUGUUCCUAUUGAUGUUUACAUAUACAGUAUUAGUGAAAAUGGACCCGACGCCGUCUUGGCCAGAGAUUUAUUCUAUAUGUUAUAUAUUAACGUUCUUAUGUGAGAAGAUAAGGGAAAUUAUUACGUCCGAACCUGUUGCUAUUAGACAUAAGUUCAGCGUGUGGGCGUGGAAUCUAUGGAACACGUACGACGCGGGUUUCAUAAUAUUCUUCCUGGUCGGCCUGACCCUUAGGUUCAGGUCAGUGUCCAUGGACGUCGGCAGGGUCAUCUACUGCGUCGAUAUUAUUUAUUGGUACUUAAGGAUAUUGAAUAUAUUGGGAGUUAAUAAGUACUUAGGUCCUCUAGUCACAAUGAUGGGUAAGAUGGUUAAAAACAUGAUAUACUUCGUGGUGCUAUUACUGGUGGUGCUAAUGUCGUUCGGUGUAGCGAGGCAAGCGAUUUUAUACCCAGAUGAAGAAGCAAGUUGGCAUCUAAUUAGAGAAAUCUUCUUCCAACCGUACUUCAUGUUGUAUGGCGAGGUGUUCGCUCCAGACAUCGACCCUCAGUGCGGGAAGAACCCCGGCGAGCCCAAGUGUGUGACCGGCAGGUGGAUCUCGCCCGUCGUGAUGACCAUGUACUUGCUCGUCGCGAACAUUUUACUCAUAAACCUACUCAUUGCAGUCUUUAACAAUAUAUUUAAUGAAGUCAAUGAAGUCUCGCAUCAGGUGUGGAUGUUCCAAAGAUUCACAGUGGUGAUGGAAUACGAACAGAAGCCAGUGUUGCCACCUCCGUUGAUAACAUUAUGCCACAUAUAUGCAAUAGGCAAAUGGGUGACCAGAAACGUAUCGCACAAACGGUUUCAAUACGACAAUGGGCUCAAAUUGUUUUUAGAAAAGGAAGAUAUGGAAAGGUUGUAUGAUUUUGAAGAGGAAUGUGUUGAAGGAUAUUUUAGGGAACAAGAAGUUAAAUUGUCAAAUUCUAUAGAAGAGAGGGUGAGGAACACCACUGAUAGGGUAGAACAUAUCACGACCAAAAUGGAAGACUUGAAUCAAAAAGCUAAUUGCCAAAUACAAUCAGUGCAGAGUGUAGAAUUUAGGUUACGAAAGUUAGAAGAUGUGGCAGAGCAGACAAUGAAUCAUUUAGCGGUGAUUCACCGGUUCAUGGCAACACAUCCUUCCUUGGUGAACAGAGGGUCCACAGAUACCCUAGGCCCUCCACCACCUUCUUUCCAAGCUGGAGGAGCAAGGCUCCGGACUGCGAGUGACCGUUCUGAGGUGCUGUCGGACAGCGACACGGGCGCGGCGCGCUUCAUCGUGCGACCGGUGCAGGAGGAGGACGAGAUCUCGCGACCCUCCGAUGAUGAAAUGCCGCAAUCUGGUCCUGAAGCCGCAGCAGAGAAGGAGCCAGAAGCAGACUCUAUAUCAACAUCAUCAGGGGAGGGACAUGCAGGUCCUAAUAUAACUGUGGUUAAAGCACAACCACCCAUUACACCAGCCCGGCAGAGGUCGUCAGAUAGCAACAGAACCGAACCUAGCGAUGAGAAGAAAGAUCUAUACCUACCUCCUCGUCUAGUAGCAUCGUCGACAGAUGACGCUUUCUUGCCAGAAGUGCGCGAGGUACCAGCAGAUCUACAAAGCCUGCGCCCGCGCACUACCUCUGCGGGAACCAGACGUACUGCCAACACCAGACGGCGUUCGGAGGGCGGUAAUGACUGCGGCAUGGGAGGGCACUACUCCACGCAGCACCUGGCGCCGCGUCGUCAACACAGUCAGACUCACUCCGAACCUGACAACUCUGCGGUGGAUGCCGGCUCCGUGCACAACUCUAUCACAGGAACAAGCCGUCAGUCUGGUUGGGAAGCAACGGGCGGUGCAACCGGCAUCCCGUCGGGACGCAGUCGCGUGGGUGGAGCACCUCGAUCCCUGCUUCUAGCCAUGCACGAGUAUACCAGCAUCACUGAUGAACUGGAAACUGUAUAUGGGCUGUUCUCACCACCGCAUACGCCGAGGACUCCAAUCACUUCUCGCCUCCUCUCGCCGGCGCGAGCGGCCUCUCCUUCAGUUCGUCGCCGUCACGCCAGCGAGAUGUCCAACCCUGAGUUCGCCUUGUUCAUGGAGAAAGAACAUCUUCGAGGAGCAGAAGAAGACGACUACAUCAUCAUGGAGAACUUGAUCCAGAGGCGCCUAGAAAUGGGUGGUCUGGACAGAUACGAGGAGGAGGAAGGCGAAGGUGGGGAAGGAGGGGACGGGGGCGGGGUCAGCGGCAUCAGCAUCAGCGUCUGCGUGAACACCAGCGCUGGAGACGAGCAUACCGUGCCGCCGCAGACAUCCUCGCACCUCACUGUCAGCGACCGCCGCCUGCCGCACCAGAGGCAUUCGCUGCGCCGGUCGUCAGCUAUAGACAGCCGCGAGCUGCCGUCGCCGCUGCAGCCGCUGCUAGAUGACGACGCGUGCGGAGAAGUGCUGCUGCCUGUACCCCGACAACCCUCUGGCGACACGAACGCAUCAAGCGAGCUGUCCCUGUCGCACAUGGUGUCGGAGAGCCUGCCGCCGCGGCCCUCCAUCGUGCUGGACUCCUCGCAGCUGCCGCGACAGCGCUCCGCCGACCAGCCGCCCUCGCAGCCGCCCGGACCCGCCCGCCCUGAGACCAUGUGCUAGGACCCGGUAACAAAUACAGCCUCCAAAGACCCCAGCUGCUGAAGAAGCACCACCAGCAGUGCAGCACUGACCUAGUGAAGUAUUAGCCAUAAUAAUUGUUAACACCAAAAACUUAACGAUAGACUUUUGACGAACUUGUAGAGCCCUUCGUAGGCCUUUUGGGACCCUUUUCAAUGUUACCUAGUUGAUACUCUCGUUCUGUGUGAUGCUAACAGACUGAAUUGAACACAAUUCUAAACUCUACCAUAUCGGAAUCUUCAAUUACUACCUUUAUAUAUACUAAGGGAUUUUGUUACAUUUUGUUACGUAAACAUCUGCAGGAUUCGUUCAUAGUACUUCAGGUUGUGGAGCAAUAUUCAUUGUACGGUCGCCGAGCUUACCAAACAAAUGAAUGUUGUUCACACAAUCUUUCAGUUGAGCUGUCUCUUAAACUUUCAUUUCACGCUUCAAUAUCGAAGACUGUCUACUUAUCUAUUUAUCUACACAAACAUGAACUUUGUUAUAAACAUUUAAGGUUCAAUUUCACUUCUAUCUUUUCUAUAUUUCUUCUUCGUUGAGAGGGAUUUUAUACUUAGCUGUAAAUACGCCAAGUGUCGCUAUUUAAUAUAUCGUCUGUAGAUACAUGGUCCAAUGCAUGUCAUUUCGUACUCGUUUCACUUAGAUCGGAUCUAUAAAGAAGGAUCGUUUUUAAUAUUUAUUACAAACGAUCCUACUUCUGAGGUUCGUGUAUAGAGAUAUAUAUGAAUUAUUGUACAGAAUAUAAACGGUUCAGAAAUAAGAACUAAGGGAAAGACAAUCGACAAUACUAGUGCUCACGUUGUAAAUACUGUUGUCAGAGUAAAAGGGUUUAUAAGAGACGUUUAUGAUUAGGUAUUGUAGUUGUAGCAGGGGAGCAAUGUACGGACUUGUUGGACAUUUGCGCUUCUUCACGCUUUGUAUACAGUGAGCACUGACAGCGCGGCUAUUGGGUCACCACUGUUCUUUACAUAUCACAUUAAUAAAUAAAUCAUCCUUUUUAUUUCAUUACUCCUCCAUUUCAUUCGAUAUAUUAAUGAAUUUGUAAAGCAUUUUAUUAAUAAUACACUUGAAAUUUUCAUUUCUAUAAAACGGCUCAUUGGACUCCGAGUACGUCCCGAACCAUUCCCAAUCCCAUAUUGUAUUUAUUUCGUCCCUCAACCUCAAUAACGGUCAUCACAAUGUGUUCAAUUAUACCAAAUAUUUUUUGUGCAAAUUUUACCAUACUUAUUUUUUUAUUAUUAUAUUUGCAGUACAAUGAAUGAAAUAAAACAUUAGUUUCUGUAUGUAUAUAAUUGUAGAUCAUGAAAUAAUAUGGAGCUGAUUAUUGUAUAUUGAAUAAGUUUAUUAUAUAUAAUGUUAAGCAUCGAUGUAUUGUUAAGGUGAAGUGAUGCAAUAAAUUAUUUUAAUUUUAUUAGACAAUUACUAGGGUUUAUCAUAUCUCAUGCUAGCGUUCGGUCGGGCGAUAUUAUAUUAAUGAAGCAAUAAUUUUUGUACGUACUUAAUUAAUACAUUUUUCCUGAAAACCUACGUAACUACAAUUUCGUAGUCAAAUUUAUUUGUGUAUUUUUUUUUACAUAAGCCAUUUUGCAAGUACGUAAACGGUGUAUCGACAUAAUAUUUGCCAUUCAGUGUCAAGUUUAGUUGGAAAUAUUACGUAGUUUUGGCAAAAAUAAAGCUGUUAACUGCCUCCGAUGUCCAAUAGCGUAGACUCGCGAGCUAUAACAAUCCACGCCUAACAUUUGUCAACGGUUCAGAGAUGGCAAAAGCUACAAUGGAA